UCUCGCCCACGUGUGCGAGGUCAGCGCUUAUCUUGUUCGCAGAUAGCCUCUAUAUCUAGACGACAUCGGGUCGUCGCAAAAAAAAUCCUCUAGUUUCAUACAAUAUGGCGCUUUCAAACCUUGUGUUAAUUCUCGUUCCUUUUGUAGCGGCGACAUUAAGUGAUGGCUUCCGGAUCCGUCGGCAGACGUUCGACCCGAACGCCCUCUAUUCGCAGCAAUCACAGGCGGCUCAGCAGUAUAUGGCCAGUGGUGGCGGCGGUGCGGCGCCUCCAGGGAGCGGCUCCUCUUCAAGCUCCUCGUUCGACCCCAAUGCGGCGAACAGCGCAGCCUCCCAGUCUGGCGGCACCGGAGGCUCGCCGCCCGGGACCAGCUCUAGUUCUGGUUCCAGUGUACCGAGUUUCAACCCUAGCGCCGUUAACAGCGCGUCCCAGUCGAGUUCAGGUUCAAGUUCCGGAUCGUUCGACCCAAACGCCGCAAAUCCUCAAAUAACACAGAGUCCGCCGCCAAGCGCUAGUAGUCAGUCGGGAUCCAGCAGUAGCGGAGGCAGCUCUUCCGGUGGCUCCAUGCCUUCUUCCAUGAGUUCCGGGAGCGGAAGCUCCUCGUCUAGUUCGAGCGGGACGUCAUCCGGUUCGAGUGCUUCAUCGUCGUCAGGUUCCACUGGCGGUUCCAUGCAGUUCAACGCCGGCAGUGGCGGUGGCAGUUUUGAUCCGAAUGCAAUCAAUUCACCAAGUCAAAACAAAGGUGACCCAAGUCAGUUUCUAAGCGGGGCAGGGUCUAGCGCCAGUGCAUCUCAGACGGGAAUGACAUCCGGAAGUGGCGGUGGAGGUUCAUCGUCCGGAUCAUCUUCUGGUUCCAGUCAGAGUAUGUCCCCAUCUAGUUCCGGAGGUGGCGGAAGUAGCAGUAGCGGCAGCGGAAGUGGAUCGAGCUCUGGUGGAGGUGGAAGUGGAGGAAGUUUCGAUCCAAAUGCUGUCAACUCCAUAGAUCAAAACAAAGGAGACCCAAGUAAAUUUUUAAGUGGUGCUGGCUCGAGCGCCAGUGCUUCUCAACAGGGCAUGACAUCCGGAAGUGGCGGAGGAAGUUCAUCGUCAGGAUCAUCUUCCGGAUCAUCUUCAGGUUCUGGUCAGAGCAUGUCCCCUUCCAGCAGCGGGGGAAGCUCCAGCAGUUCAUCAUCCAGCAGCUCUAGCGGCGGCAGUGGUAGCCAGCCUCCCGCACAGAUGACCAACCCCGCAGCCAUGAUGGGUGGAGGUGGCGGUGGAAGUAGCAGCAGCGGUGGCGGCGGCAACAUGGGAAGCUUCGAUCCCAAUGCCAUUAACAAGCAGCUUAUCAGCACCAACUUCUUCAAUCCCGCAAACUUCAUGGGGCGCAAGAGGCGAGACUUCCUUUACAAUCAUCAUUUGUAAUACUCGGUUCUGUAAUAUAGGGUAUCUACAGAAGUAAUAGAACAUGAAAAAUAUACUUUGGCUUAAUAAGUAUGCAUUUCGUCCACUCCUAUUUAUGAUAUGACGUGAUGACAACCUGACUUCUUUAUUUUCUAUGCCAAUACCAAUACAUUGUCGGAGGGAGGACGAGGUCUUUGGCACGAUAUAGGCCCUGGCCGAAUGAUAUGAUCGUGGCUGUA